GAGGAGGGCGAAGACUCCAUCCGCCAUGUUGGAUGCCGCAGAUUCGCCAUAACCGCGCCGGCUCUUUUCUUAAAAAAAUAAAAAUAAAAAGCGAAGCAUCAGCGGAGCGCCCCGCCUUCUCGGUCGGCGCGGGAGGGGGCCCGGAAGAGCCCGAGGCUUUUUUUUCCUCCGCGGUGGGGGCGUUGCCAUGGAGACGCGGGCGGCAGAAAACCCAGCCAUCUUCAUGUGUAAAUGUUGUAACCUUUUCUCACCAAGUCAGUCGGAACUCCUCUCCCACGUUUCUGAGAAGCACGCAGAAGAGGGGGUUAAUGUGGAUGAGAUCAUCAUUCCCCUGAGGCCUCUGAGUACCCCUGAACCCACCAACCCAGGCAAAACCGGAGAUGAGUUUUCGGUCAUGAAGAGGAAGAGAGGCAGGCCGAAGGGGUCCACGAAGAAGGCCAGCCCCGAGGAGGAGCUGGCGGAAGACAACGUUAUUCCCAGCGGGGACAGCCCGCGGGCCCCCGAGGGAGGGGGCAGCCUGACUCCCAGCAGCCUGGAGUGCAGCAAGUGCUGCCGGAAGUUCUCCAACCCACGGCAGCUGAGGAAGCAUAUCUGCAUCAUCGUGCUGAACCUGGGCGAGGAGGAGGGAGAGGCCGGUAACGAAUCUGACCUUGAACUGGAGAAGAAGUAUAAGGAAGAUGAUGGAGAAAAGGCCCCGAAGAGACUGCGGACUCCGAGAGUGGAGAAAGUCCAGAAGGUCUGCUCGGGAAAAGAGGCCGCGCAGAUCUCCGGAGCCAAGAAGCCCAUCAUAAGUGUGGUUUUAACGGCUCACGAAGUGAUUCCAGGUGCUACCAAGAUUGUUCCGGUGGAGGCUGGGCCCCCGGAAGCAGGAGCCGCAGACCCCGAGGCCGCAGCGGCCGACCUGGCACCCCGGAGAGGGUACCAGGAGUACGCCAUCCAGCAGACACCCUAUGAGCAGCCCAUGAAGUCAAGCAGGCUCGGGCCCACCCAGCUCAAGAUCUUCACCUGUGAGUACUGCAACAAGGUCUUCAAGUUCAAGCACUCACUGCAGGCCCACCUGCGGAUCCACACCAACGAGAAGCCGUACAAGUGCUCCCAGUGCAGCUACGCCAGCGCCAUCAAGGCCAACCUCAACGUGCACCUGCGCAAGCACACGGGCGAGAAGUUCGCCUGCGACUGCUGUUCCUUCACCUGCCUGAGCAAGGGCCACCUCAAGGUGCACGUGGAGCGGGUGCACAAGAAGAUCAAGCAGCACUGCCGCUUCUGCAAGAAGAAGUACUCCGACGUCAAGAACCUCAUCAAGCACAUCCGCGACGCCCACGACCCGCAGGACAAGAAGGUCCAGGAGGCCCUGGACGAGCUCUGCCUGAUGACGAGGGAGGGCAAGCGGCAGCUGCUCUACGACUGCCACAUCUGCGAGCGCAAGUUCAAGAACGAGCUGGACCGCGACCGCCACAUGCUGGUCCACGGCGACACGUGGCCCUUCGCCUGCGAGCUCUGCGGCCACGGGGCCACCAAGUACCAGGCGCUGGAGCUGCACGUCAGGAAGCACCCGUUCGUGUACGUCUGCGCCCUCUGCCUCAAGAAGUUCGUCAGCUCCAUCCGCCUGCGCGCCCACAUCAAGGAGGCGCACGGGGCCGCCCAGGAGACCGUGGUCUUCACCAGCUCCAUCAACCAGAGCUUCUGCCUCCUGGGGCCUGGCGGGGACAUCCAGCAGGAGGCCCUGGGCGGGCAGCUGCAGCUGGCAGAAGAGGAGUUUGUGUUCCAGGGGGUGAACGCACCCAAGGAGGCGGCCGGCGCUGGGGACGCUCGUCCCGAGGAGGGGUCCAAGGCCCCAACAGAGGUGCCCGUCGCACCUGUGUGCUCGGCCGCCGCCCAGGCAGACAGCGCCGCCCCAGCACCCUGCGAGCUGGCGGCCUCCGCGGUGUCCUCCGACCUCCGUCGGCAUGCGGUGGUUUCCGAUGAGUUCCUGUUGAAGAGUGAUCCCUCCUCUGCUGAGGCUCUGGCUGCUCCGGAGAAGACCUUGCACACCCAGCAGGGAGGCUCCAGUCCAGCUCAGGGCCAGGACGUCGCACCACUGCUGUCCAAGGCCAAAGGCGCCGCAGCAAACCCGGAAGCCCAGGGCGCCGAGAGCCCCCCGGCUGAAGGGCAGCAAGUGGCUGCCCUCCCAUCCGAUGGCCCAGAUCCCGGCAGGGGUCUCAGGGCAAACCCAGCCGAGGCCUCAGACCCUCCUCCGGGAACUGGUGGGAGGGACGCGGCCCUGUGCCGCCCUGACUCUUGCACGCCCGCCCCCGAGCACCGGGCGGGCAUCACUGCGUUCAUGAAGAUCCUGGACAGUUUACAGAAGAGGCGCAUGAAUACCGGCCUGUGCGAGAGGAUCCGGAAGGUGUAUGGCGACCUGGAGUGCGAAUACUGUGGCAAACUUUUUUGGUACCAAGUGCAUUUUGACAUGCAUGUCCGCACCCACACCCGGGAACAUCUGUAUUAUUGCUCCCAGUGUCAUUAUUCUUCCAUCACCAAAAACUGCCUUAAACGCCAUGUAAUUCAGAAACACAGUAACAUCUUGCUGAAGUGUCCCACUGACGGCUGUGACUACUCGACUCCAGAUAAAUAUAAGCUGCAGGCACAUCUUAAAGUUCACACAGAGCUGGACAAAAGGAGUUAUUCUUGUCCUGUGUGUGAAAAGUCUUUUUCAGAAGAUCGACUGAUAAAGUCACAUAUCAAGACCAACCAUCCCGAGGUUUCCAUGAGCACCAUUUCCGAGGUUCUCGGGAGGAGGGUGCAGCUGAAAGGGCUAAUUGGAAAGAGAGCCAUGAAGUGCCCGUAUUGUGAUUUCUAUUUCAUGAAGAAUGGCUCAGACCUUCAGCGUCAUAUCUGGGCUCAUGAAGGUGUGAAGCCCUUCAAAUGUUCUUUGUGUGAGUAUGCAACUCGUAGCAAGAGUAACCUCAAGGCUCAUAUGAAUCGUCAUAGCACUGAGAAGACCCACCUAUGUGACAUGUGUGGCAAGAAAUUCAAGUCAAAAGGGACACUGAAAAGUCACAAGCUCCUUCACACUGCUGACGGGAAGCAGUUCAAGUGCACGGUGUGUGACUACACAGCAGCCCAGAAGCCACAGCUGCUGCGGCACAUGGAGCAGCACGCCUCCUUCAAGCCUUUCCGCUGCGCCCAUUGCCACUACUCAUGCAACAUCUCGGGCUCCCUGAAGCGGCACUACAACAGGAAACACCCCAACGAGGAGUAUACCAACGUGGGCACCGGGGAGCUGGCGGCCGACGCGCUCAUCCAGCAAGGUUGUUUGAAGUGUCCUGUGUGCAGCUUCGUUUAUGGCACCAAAUGGGAGUUCAACAGGCACUUGAAGAACAAGCAUGGCCUGAAGGUGGUGGAGAACGAAGGCGAUCCCAAGUGGGAGCCAGCAACAGAAACUCCGGAGGAGCCCUCCACCCAGUACCUGCAUAUCACCGAAGCCGAAGAGGACGUCCAGGGCACACAGGCAGCAGUGGCUGCCCUCCAGGACCUGAGAUACACCUCAGACAGUGGUGACCGACUUGACCCCACGGCUGUGAACAUCCUCCAGCAGAUCAUCGAGCUGGGCACCGAGACCCACGACGCCACUGCCGUUGCCUCGGUGGUCGCCAUGGCGCCCGGGACGGUGACUGUCCUGAAGCAGGUCACGGACGAGGAGCCCAGUUCCAACCACACGGUCAUGAUCCAGGAGACCCUCCAGCAGGCCUCCGUGGAGCUGGCUGAGCAGCAUCACUUGGUGGUGUCCUCCGACGACGUGGAGGGCAUUGAGACGGUAACCGUCUACACGCAGGGCGGGGAGGCCUCGGAGUUCAUCGUCUACGUGCAGGAGGCCAUGCAGCCCGUGGAGGAGCAGGCCGUGGGGCAGCCGGCCCCGGAGCUCUAGAGGACACGCAGUGUGGGACAGCACCACGGGGCAGGGCUGCCGGCCUCUGCGCAGCCCCCGGGACAGCCAGGGCGGGGAGGCCCCAGAGCAGUGCUCUCCGCAGGCUCUCCUCUGCGCUGUCCGCCCUGGUGGCCGCAUGAGACUCUCCUGGCCCUGCUUUGGGUGGGCGAGGGGUCGGCAUCACCAGCGACACAGGAGUGCUGCCCCCAGCACAGGCACAUGCACCUUCCCCCCGCGUCGUCUGCUUCCAGAAAGACCUGUGCCUCAACUCCCCAGACAUGGCCCAUACCGCAUAGCCCCUUUGCU